AUUGUCAUCUCUUCAUUUUCUAAAUCCUACCACAAAGUGGCGCUGUCUACCUUCUGGUGCAAAUGCGCAAACUCAGAAUACAGCGACUUGUCAAAUCCAAUGCGCUGAUCUGUAGUACAAGGAAAUGGCCAUAUAGUAGAACUUCACAUUGACUAUGUUCUACAUAUCGGCGGAGCAAAUAGUUUCAAAAGCUGAUUUCCCCCCUGUAGCUGACUACAGCUCACUAGACCCGUCAACCGACCAUGUUGACUGAAUCUUUUUUAUAAGCUGCAAACUGCAGCAACUGUGGCUUCACUUAAGAUCAGUGGAUAAUCAAAAAAGCAAGAUGGCUUCCACGUUGGGAAAGCGUCUGGUUGCUUGUCUGCUGAAUGUGUCGGAGGCCCGCAGAAAAGACCUGGUUUUUAAAGUAGCCCAGGCGGCUAUCACAAACAACAGUGGAGGUUGGCGAGUGGGGACCACUGUACUUAACAUCUUCAAUGACUUUGACUACAACCGUUCAGUCAUUACAAUUGUUGCGAGCGUUGACCACAUCAGGGAGGCUGUGCUGUCUGCAUGUGAGCAGGCGUGUAGCCUUAUCGAUAUGCGUGCCCACUCUGGAGCUCAUCCAUGCAUGGGUGUGGUUGAUCUAGUACCACUGUAUCCCCUUGGAGAGGAGGUGGGCUUAGAAGACUGUGUCAAAGAGGCCAAGAUCCUGGCCUCUGAAUUGACCCAGCGAGUGGUUGGGACUAGCGCAUUUUUCUUUGGCUAUGCUGACAUGCCUCGUAGGCGGAGUCUGGCCCAACGGAGGAAAGAGAUGGGCUGGUUUAAGAAGGAUCCAGACAUGUUAAUCAUCCAUCCAGACAUAGGACCAUCACCUCAAAAACGAUAUGGCCUCACAGGUGUUGGGGUGAGCCCCUAUGUGAUGAACUGCAACGUGACCAUUGGCACUCAGGACCUGGCAGUGGGCCGCCGUGUGGCAGCCGCUCUCCGCGAGUCCAGCCCCAGCGGGAUCCCAGGCGUGCAGGUCCUGGCCCUGCCCCACGAUGGGGACGUGGAGAUCGCUUGUAAUGUGGAGAGUGUUGAGGGUGCACCUCCCUCCUCCUUUGGGACAGCUGGAGGAGAUCCCUGGCCCUCUUUCAGCAUUGACGGGCAGCUGUACUGUCACGCGCCCGCCUCGCUCAUCACGACGCGGGUGGCAGAGUUGGCAGGGUGUGAUGGCGUGGCCACAAAGGGGACGGCCCUGGUGGGCUUUACCCCACGUGAGUGCCGUAGCCUGGCAGAACGGGCGUUGUCUCUCGGCAUUGGUGAAUUCUGGAAGGAACAGAGAAAACUGCACAUGUGAUGAGUAAUAGGGCUCUCCAUCUCUGCAAGGCCAAACUGUAUUGUUUAGGCUUGGAUAAGGCUCAAACACAGGACAGUAUCGUAAGGGGUUUAAUGGACAUGAAAUGAUCACGAUUCUGUUCUGAGUAUUAUUUUAUCUUACUUCCAAGUAUUGAAAUAAGUAGGGUGUGGUUGUUCAGUCAGAACUGUGAAUUAAAUUCCAUUAUCUGGAUAAUUUUGCUCUUAAACAUUGGCUUAUUUAAAGCCAGGAAAGCAUGGCAAUAACAUGGCAACACGUAACUAAGGGCAUGUGUUUCCAGGCACUGAUGUUGUAACGUAACAGGGUGUUCCAUUUGCUAUGACUGUUGAGGAGUGACAGUGCAGAGACACUAGUCCUGCCACUUGAACAGUGCUGGAUUGGGUCCAAGCAUCAGUGUUAUCUUAGAUAUUGUUUGUCUGGGCUAAGGCCCUGAUUGUGCAAUUCCUACUUGUUCUUGAACAUUGUGUUCUUAAAAAGAUAUGUUAUUGUCAUUUUUGAUUUUGUAGCAAUAAACUCUGUUAAUUCAAUA